AUGCGAACAAACCGGCUCUUUUGCUUCGAGAAAGAGUCGCAACAAAUCAACAAAGGGGCCGAAAGGGUCGUUCAAACACGAAUGGGUAACCAAGUUUCCCUAAAAAGCAGACCAAGAAGUAGCUCGCAAAAUGACGCCAGUUCGAAAAUGGCGAAAGACAAGUGUCCACGAACCGAGAAGAUAACAAGUACAAAGCCAGAGACUAUGAUAUUGAAAAGGAGACGCAGUUACGGUGAAUGCGAUAAUCUAGCAAACGAAAGACAAAUUACGUGCAAAAAACUAAAAGUUAAUCAGCUGUACACGGUCUACUGCGGGCGAAAUUCUUUUAUGGCAGCCUUUUUCAGGCUACUUGGUAAGUUUAAAUCCCGUCAAGCUAGGUCAAGAUGAAGGUCAUUUUUGCCUCAUGCUAGUAACGUCCUGUUAAUUGACACAAGCCCGAUUGCCGAAACUAUUUUUUUGUAUAUAAGAACUAAAAAGUUAGCACCAUGGAUAGUAUCCAUGUCAGCACUGAAUUUUUUUUUCGUCAAUAAUGCAGAUGAUGAUGUCAUUCAAGAUUUUCUAUGGAUGGACAGUUGUGCAAUUAUAUCAGACAAGGUAGAUGUUAAAACACCGCUUCAAUGCGCCUCCUGGCGCGAAGAGCAAUAAUGAUAAUGAUGUUAUUAAGCUUUAAAUAUUUCUUUUUUUCCUGCAGUAUCUGCUGGCCAUGGUUUAUGCAUACUUCAGGAGGGCAGAACUAGGAAGGCGUGAAUACAAUAGAAUGAAUUUUUUCAUAGCUCUGUAAGCACAAAAUGUAGUGUUCAAAGGUCAAGGAAUUGAGAAAUGUUUUCUUAACAACUGCUUCACUUUCCAGGUACCUUGCAAACGAUAUGGAAGAGGACGACGAAGAAGAAAAAUACGACAUCUUUCCUUGGGCCUUGGGGAAAAACUGGCGAGAACUCUAUCCCAAUUUCCUUCGAAAAAGAGACGUGUUUUGGAAACGGAUCGGCUACCGUGCUGUUGUUAGCAAACUGACCUGUGAUGAGGUAACAUCAGAAACCCAUAAGUUUCUGGUAAUAUACUACAUUAACACUCACUUUUUUUGUCCAGGUUAAAUCAUUCACUGACCUUCAUCCAAACUUAUUUUAACAAAAGCGCUAUAAGCUUACUAAUAAACAAUAAAUGAAUGAGGCUGAGUAUCUUAUGAAGAAUUAUGGAGAUCGAGGAGGGUGUUAUCCGUCGAAAGCCGAAUUCAAUAAUUGUUUUAUUAUUCAUUCAAAAUAAUUCCUAGUUUUAUAUCAUAGCUAAAACAUGCUUACCUCUAUCGAUGUUAAAUUCAUCUUCGAUAGUGCACGUUUAGGGUUGUUCAGCUCCACAAAUAUUCUCCAAAUAGCAGAUCGAUGUCGCCCUUCGAGUUGUACUUCUUGCUGUUCUUACCAUGUUUUUAGUCGUUAUUUCGCCUAGUUCUUACUCUUUGAAACGAGUGAAAUGUCCGCCAUUUUUGUUUUCGCAAACAAAACAACUCAAACUCGUCACCAGGUCUUCUCAGUUAACGAUGUAUUAAUCUGCAAGGAAGCUGCACUUUUGACGUCAUCGGUCAGGAGCCGAAUUGGCUCCUGCGUCGGUUGAUUAAUCGCAAAAUUCUUCCAAAUUUGGUUCUCAGUAGCUGGUUAUGGUGAAUUAUGCGGGUGCUUUUAGCCAAUCAGAAUCGGAGAAAUAUUUUGAAUGAAUAAUGAUAACAAUUCCUAGAUGGAGAACAAUGGUACAUUUUAAUUCCGCAAUAAAUCGAGGAGGGAUUUUUUCUUUUCAGAUCAUGUCUAUUGUAUCAGACCAUCCAGUCUGGCAGCGUACAAGACGGGGUCACCAUGGUGGAGCAUGGAGAGACUAUAUGAGAGACACAAACAGCUUAUGCACAAGUCCAAGAGGCCCUGGAACUGCACCUUUUCAGUGUUCCAAAUGUGAUGACCCUCCAAGUGAGGAGGAUUCGCCCAUGAUGACUUCUGACUACUGUAGCUGUUCCUCGCAGUCUUCUUCGGAAGAUGAGAAUUUUAAUACGAGCUUUAAUAUGCAAGGUAUACAAAUAAAUAUACCAGAGUUUAAAUUAGCGGGACUUUAUCCCUACUCAACUCCUUUUCCUAAAUUUUGCUAAUGUUCAUAUUUUUCGCUUGCAGAUUUGAAGAAUGUCCUCCAGAAAAGUAGUAACAAAAGACUAUGCUUGAGAACAGGAAGUAAAGUUUGGAACCGUGAUGUUCAAAAUUGAACACCAGAAAAAUGAGAUCUAAUUUAAAUAACCCCAAUUUUUCAUUUAUGACGAUAAAAUAUUUAUCCGUGUUCACGGUAUAUAUGAAUUUGAUUUUAGCAGCUGUAAAUGGGGGGCAUGGUGCUUAGGCCAUAGUUCUAAGUUUCAAUGCCUUUUGCCACAUUGUUAAUUCAUGUAGCUGAAAUUUGUAAGCCCCUUUAUUGAAAAAUGCAUGCUGGCGUGUAUGUUCAUAUUUAUUAUUAAUCGAUUCAAUGGUUUAUUUAUAUCUAGCAGAGAGGUUUUAAAAUCCUUUUACAAGGCAGUCUUGAACAGAAUUAUUCCAGUACUGAUCUUUAGAUAAUAAAUUUCUUGAAUGACAAGAGCUUACUGAUAUGGCUGGCUGCAAAUUAAAGUCAGUUUUGCAGGAGUG